GGGACCUAUGCUACCUGACUCGACUAGAGAGUUAUCUCGAAUACACCUUAGAAGAGAUAGGACCCCAGCUCGGUUGCGGGUUCCAACCAACAAUGACGCCCAGUUGAACGCUGCUAACCGUGCUCACCACGUUAUUUUAUUUAUAUACACAUUCUCGAUCCAAGCUUUCCUCGGUAAAUUUAAAAAAAAACAAAUCCUUCAUUAAGAAAAUUUCUCUUAUUCCCAACUUUUAAUCAAGUGUUCCUCUUUUCAAUUCGGAGGAAAUUGAUAAAGCAAAAAGUGAUCUUCUCUUUAUGUUUCGUUUAUGAAACAAAAAUACUGUAAUUAAGUGAGACUUGUGGGGAAAAAUUUUAAAAACCAUUCGUUAAGGAGAGUUCAUCAAGGGUGGAAUUUUUCCAACCGAGAGGAAAUAGACGUGAAGUUUUAUGUGGUGACUGAAAAAAUUUGUUUUUUUUCAAAGUGAAAUGUUUUUUGUUUAGAGUCAAGAUUGUUGACAAAAUAAUUUUGAGAUUAUAGGUAUAUUCUUUGGGUUUUUUUUUUUGGAAUAUAAAAAGGAAAAUGUGUGAGUGCGGCGACGAGUGUGGUGAGGCUGCACAAAAUUCGGAAUUUCCUGGUGCACAAAAGUGAAAAGGGAUAAAAGGAGAGGGAGAGGAGUUUUGUUUUUUUUUGGAAAAUUACGGGCAACACAGAACCUCGAGAUUCUGAAAUGUCCACUUUAGGUCUCUCGAAGGUCUUUAUCUUGGAUAAAUACUUUACAGAGCUGCAAAAAUUUUGGGAAACGGAGAAAAAGCUGCAAGAUGCCUCGUCGUCGAAUGAAGCGGUGCACCUACAGCAGCGAUUGAAGAGCUUGAGCACGGAAUUGGUGACCCUGAGGAACCGGCUGCACGUGAGCCAACCUGCGAGCAAUUCAGGGCCGGCAGGUGCAACGUGCAAUCCCCUGGGCAAAAGUCCCGAUAAGAGUUUGAGUACAGCAGCUCCUGCGGUGCCACCGAGGACAACAUUACCACCAGGUGGUGGCGGUGGCAACAGUGGCGGUGGUACCCUUAAUAUUGGACAUCCUUCCGGUCAUACUCUUACCGCUUCCGCGAUCGUUCAUCCUCAUGCAAAUCAUGGCACGAGCAACGCUCUCAACCACAACUCGACCACAAAUAAUUUAAUAUCUGAUCUGGAACCCCUAAAGCUGCACAGCGUGGUGCCUGACGACGGGAUAGUGUCCUGUGUCACAGCCUUGAGUUGCCUUAGAACACCGCCAAUUUCCAGUAUCAUUGCCGAGGUGAAGAAUGCUAAAAGCUCAUCGCAAGCACUCCAACACAAGUGUCCACCUAAGGGAAAUGGAUCUCUAUCAAGUACAGUGACAUCGACGGCCUUGGAUGACCUCAUUCAUCUAUCGGCACCUCUCACCGAAGACGCGGUCCUUAAAUGUCUCCAGGCUCGCUUCUGUGCCAAACAGUAUCACACGAAUGUUGGUCCAAUUCUCGUUUGCAUUAAUCCCUACACGGAUGUUGGGAAUCCCUUGACUCUGACGAGUACAAGGGCUGUGCCAUUGGCGCCCCAGUUAAAUAGGGUUGUUCAAGAGGCCGUAAGGCAGCAAUCAGAAACUGGUUAUCCUCAGGCAAUCAUUCUCUCAGGAACCAGUGGUUCGGGUAAAACUUAUGCCUCUAUGUUAUUACUGAGGCAACUUUUCGACGUUGCUGGUGGUGGUCCUGAAACUGACGCUUUUAAACAUUUGGCUGCUGCUUUCACUGUUCUCAGAUCUUUAGGUUCUGCCAAGACUGCCACGAAUUCUGAAAGUUCACGAAUCGGACAUUUUAUAGAAGUGCAGGUAACAGAUGGGGCCCUUUACAGAACGAAAAUUCACUGUUACUUUUUGGACCAAACGAGGGUCAUUCGGCCACUGGCAGAUGAGAAAAAUUAUCACAUUUUCUAUCAAAUGUUAGCUGGUCUCUCGCAUGAUGAACGAGUUAAACUAAAUUUGGAGGGAUAUAAUUUGAAAAAUUUGAGGUAUCUCCAGCAAGGCGACACGAGACAAGAUGAGACUGAGGACGCUGUUAGAUUUCAGGCAUGGAAAGCGUGUUUGGGAGUACUAGGAAUUCCAUUUUUGGAUGUGGUUCGAGUAUUAGCAGCUGUUCUGAUUCUUGGAAACGUGGGGUUUACUGAUGGCCCUGGAGUGGAGGUUGGAGUGAUCGGAGAGAAUGAGUUGGCAUCUGUGGCGGCACUUUUAGGUGUUCCUCCGCCAGCUUUGUUGAGAGGACUCACCUCCAGGACCCAUAAUGCCCGUGGACAGCUUGUCAAGUCGGUCUGCGAUGCCAAUAUGUCGAAUAUGACGAGAGAUUCGUUGGCAAAGGCACUUUAUUGUCGAACUGUCGCCACUAUUGUUCGAAGGGCGAAUAGUUUAAAGAGACUCGGUUCCACGCUCGGAACUCUUUCUUCCGAUUCGAACGAGUCUGUUCAUAAUCAAGCCGAAGUCACCAGCCAGCAUGCCUCCACUAUUGGAAGUUCAGCAGGUGGAACUGGUUCGCGAAGUAUGACUGCUUUAAAUAAUGCAGUUAGACAUGCAACAGAUGGUUUCAUUGGCAUCCUAGACAUGUUUGGAUUCGAGGAUCCAAAACCAAGUCAACUCGAGCAUUUAUGUAUAAAUCUUUGCGCCGAAACAAUGCAGCAUUUUUACAAUACUCACAUUUUCAAAAGCUCCAUCGAAAGUUGUCGAGAUGAGGGCAUUCAUUGUGAUGUUGAAGUUGAUUAUGUCGAUAAUGUCCCCUGCAUUGAUCUUAUUUCCUCUUUGAGAACUGGUCUCUUGAGCAUGCUCGAUGUUGAAUGCUCAAUACGAGGAACAGCAGAGAGUUACGUGGCAAAGGUAAAGGUGCAACACAAGCAAAAUCCAAGGCUUUUUGAACCAAGGGCUGUUGACUGUCGAUCAUUUGGAAUCCAACAUUUUGCUGGAAGAGUCACGUACGAUGCUUCUGAUUUUCUAGAUACAAAUAAAGAUGUGGUGCCUGAUGAUUUAGUGGCAGUAUUUUAUAAACACACGUGUAAUUUUGGUUUUGCGACACAUCUCUUUGGAAGUGAAUUGAAAGCACUUUAUGCAAGUGAUACAGUUCCGCGAGGAGUGAGCUUUAGAAUAUCUCCCACCUCACACACGGAUCUCUUGAAUGGCGAUGAGCCCAUUUCAACAUUGACUCAGGAUUUUCACACACGACUGGAUAAUCUUUUGAGGACUUUGGUGCAUGCAAGACCUCAUUUCGUUCGGUGCAUAAGGAGUAAUGCUUCAGAGACGCCAAUGCAUUUGGAUAGAGGAGUCGCUAUGCGCCAAAUUAGAUCUCUUCAAGUUCUCGAGACUGUAAAUUUAAUGGCAGGAGGAUAUCCUCAUAGAAUGAGGUUCAAGGCAUUCAACGCAAGGUAUAGACUGAUUGCGCCCUUCAAACAAUUACGAAGGGCCGAGGACCAAGCGGUUGAAGAUACAAAAUUAAUUUUACAAAAUGCCCAACAAAUGAAGAGUAAAUUCGGCGCAAGUACGAGUUGGGCUCUUGGCAAGCGGCACAUUUUCCUCAGCGAGGGUAUUCGACAGCAAUUGGAAAAUCUCCGAUCUGAGACGAGAAGGAAAGCCGCCACUAAUAUUCAGGCUACGUGGAGAGGUUGGCGGGUGCGUAGACGAUGGCCCGUUCGAAGAACAAAUAUGACUCUAGUGUCGAGUUUGGGUCAGAAGAAAAAUUCUCAACCGCCAUCGAGUAAUACUGGCACUAUUCAAAGAAAUGUGACUCUUGGUUCUGUUACCGGAAAUGGAAUUCGUCCGAGACCGCAACCUAUCACGGGAACACCACCACCUGAUCCUUCAGAAAAAUGUGCUGAUCAGAAAAUGAUUCAGCAGACUUGUACUCUCUUUGGAUUGGAUUUGGAACGUCCUCCACCUGUUCCGCCCAGUCGAUCUUAUACUGUUACUGGAAAUACGAAACUUGGAUAUCCCCAGACGAGAGUAAUGAAGACCCCAUUUCCUGAAGGAGGUGAAGGUGAGGUCGUUCUUUUGAAAGGUGAGACAGUUCUUGUGGUUGGAGCUUCCUCGAGACGUGGCCACUUACUUGUCGAACAUAACAACAUUACGUUACACGUGCCUUACCAGUUCAUGGAAUUGAAACCAUGCAACAUUAAUGUUUAAGUGUUAUUUAUUUUUCUCUUCUUCAAACUUCAAACAAUUUCCAAUUUAUGUAAAAAAAGAAAACAAGGAAGUUAAACAUUCUUUUUCAAGGUAUCUUUCACGAUACUCUCCGGUGUAAGUAUUAAUUCUCUCUCUUCUUCAUCUUCUCAUUUUUGCUGCCGAUGAAUUGCCAUAUAAAAUAGUUUUUAUAUAAGGUAAUCGUCAUAUAUUGAUAUUCGUCCUGAAUUCAAAAAUUAGGAUAAAAAAGAAAUUUAUAUUAUAAAACGCUCAGGUAAUUGAUUGAAAAUCUUUUUUUUGUAUUUUGAUUUGUUUUAUUAUUUUUUAAAAAAAGUCCUUUGUUGUAAAAAAGUCCUUCUCGCUCAAAACCCAAGUUUUUGUCUUCCAUUUUUAUGUAAGUAGCUUUAAGUAGACUUUAAGUAUAUAGAUUAUAAAAAAAAUAGGGAGAAAUCACAAUAAUCGUGGAAAAAUAUCAUUUUUAUAUUUUUGUUAUUUCUAUAUAGGGGAAUGUCAAUUUGUAUAUAUUGACAUGUUGUUUUUAGAUUGUGAUUUUAUUCCAGAAAUUGAACUGAAUUGAGAAAUUGGAUAGACAGAUUAUAACGGAGAAUGCCAAUAACAUUCCUUAGAUUAAAAUAUACCGGUGAUGUGUAUUUAGUGGGUGCUACAAUGGAUUUUUGUAUUAUUUUUUUUUCCUUUGUAUUAUUAUUACUAUUCAGUUUUUUAAAAUACGUUCUUUUCAAUCUUUCCUAUUGGUUUUCGAUUUUUUUCUCUUUUUUUUAUUUGUUUCGAUUCAAUAUAAUUUCUGUUUUUUAUAUUUUGAAUUUUAGAUAUAAAAAGAUUUUCAUGAAUUGAAAAAUCUUUUCUUUUCAUUAAAAAUUGAUAAUUGUGGAAUUUUGCCUGAAGGGUAUUAACUACUAACAGUAUUCUCGUCUGUCAUUGAAUUCUUAGUGCCAACUAGAGAGAAAUUUAAUGAAUAAUUUAUAUACGUACGGACACAGUAAUUUUUUUUUCGUAUCAUUAUAUCAUUUACAAAGUACCAUCGAAGUAAUUAUAAUUUUUUUUUAUAAUUAUAUUAUACGAAGGUGAAGGUGAAGGAUUUGUAGAUACGUGCAUUCGACUAAUUUUCUAGGCAAAUCCUGUUCCUCCCUCUUUCUCUCUCUCUAUCUCUCACUCAUAUUUUGAAUGCAUUAUUACUCUGAGAAGUAAUGUAUUUGCGCUUUCAAGGGCUUUGUAAAGCUCAAGAGAUUAUUUGUACAUACAAAAUGCACGAUACGUGUUACCUACAUUCGUCGAAACAUUAUAUUUCCAAUGCGAGCAAAUUUAUAUUAAAGCGAAUUUUACUUGAUUCUGUGAAUUCAAAACAAACAGUUGGAAGUAAAUUGUACUUCGACUUUGAAAAGUUUCUAAAUGCAGAUGUAAAAUAUUCCCUGCUUUGCGGUUUAUUUCAAAUUAGCGGUGGAAUAAUAUUGAGUGAAAUAGAUUUCGCUAAAAUGAAAUCUUGUUCAUGGAAUUUUGAUUUUGGAUAAAAGAUUUUUGGAUUGCUCUGAUUAUUCUGAAUCACUUGUAAAUAAAUGAUAAUCAUCUAUUAUUGGUCAAUAUAUAUAUUUUAAGAUUUAA